AUGGUCAAGCUUUCUAUCUCUUCGCUUGUAGCGGGUGUAGCCCUCGCGGCCGCUCUUCCCUCAUACCUGACUUCUCUUGCCGGCCUUUCUCCUCGCUCUUCCAACAGUGGUCAAAUCGCAGCUCGUGCGACUGGAGGAAAGGUCACCAACAAAAACCUUGCCCGCUUUGAUAAUAGCAACAUCGAGGACGGCGUUGGCAAUGGAACUGACUGGUAUCAUCUCUAUCUUGGCAACGGAUCUGUCGCUGCCGGAUGGCCCUCCAAAGAUAAAUGGGUUUCAUUUGAGGACAUGUUCAACAGCUACAAGCUUCAAAUGUAUGUCGCCUGUCAAUAUCUGAACUGGCGACUUCCCAACAAUGAUAUUGAUGAAGUGCAAGCUAUCUGGGACGGGAUUCAAACCGCAUCUGAUGCUACCGGCGUCGACCAUCGCCUUAUUUUGGCUGUGAUUAUGCAAGAGUCGCAUGGUUGCGUGCGGGUGAAUACGACUGAUCUCGGCGUCCGCAACCCUGGCGUUAUGCAAAAUCACAACGGCAAAGCCUCUUGCAAUGAUAAUAAGAAGCUUACGACACCAUGCCCAGUGGCGACAAUUCAUGAAAUGAUUAGGGAGGGCACCGCUGGCACCACCUCGGGUGAUGGUCUCGCUCACUGUAUCAACACGUCUGGCAAUGGUGAUGUCUCUGACUACUACCGCGCUGCUCGCAUCUACAACUCUGGUUCUAUCUCAAAAACUGGUAACUUGCAGAGCAACAUUGCUACUCAUUGCUAUGCCAGCGAUAUCGCCAAUCGUCUAACCGGCUGGGUUUACGCACCAUCAGCAUGCACGUGUGACACCGACCCUAAGAGCUGUGGUGUUUCAAAAGAUUAA